AUGACCCUCACGAUUUCCCUCUGGUUAUUCUUUUCAAUCAUCAUCACCGUAUCGGCCAGACCUCUAGGUAUGGGCAACACUAAACAGAAACCUUUAGUGUACUCUUCUCCAGUUAGAAUUCUUCUUCCUACCAAUAGAGCUGAUAUUUGGGAUUUCGGAAGCGAAUUCUCCAACCUAUGUUCUCACUUGUACUUGGACAUUGAUAAUCCCCUCGAGCCUAGAUUCGUAGAUGCUAAAGUGGAGAGAACUUUAUUGAACGAUGAUUAUCAUCCAGAUGAAGCUCUUGCAAGCUGUAUAUAUCAAUACCCCUCAGGCGAGAUGGUCCAACUCGCACCCUUUGUAGCCGAGGAAUUACAUUGUUUCACCCUUUCGCCGACCAACGUCAACAAGAUGAGGGAGGAGGUGGUCUCGAAGGAUAAGAAUCAAGGGAGUAAGAUGAAACUCAGCAGUGAUUGA